UUAUUCUGCCUGUAUCCCCAGUGACGUUUAUCAUGGGAGGUUUAUUCCACACUUAUGGGAGGAGAAGGGGCUGGCUUUGGAAGAUACAUUGUAAUUUGUAACCCUCGUCAAACUUUGUGUGUUUCCUGGAAUAAAUAACCUCAAGAUACAAUUUAUAAACCAAGUGUGCAGCUAGCAUCUGGUGGCAUUACCCAUACCCUCAUAACAUAUGUUCGGGAGUAUGAAAGUCAUUUCAGAAAUUUGUUUAGUCCUGCCGCUGAUACAUUUUUUCAUAGGACACACAGCGACUGAAAAAAAAUAUCUUCCUCCACCAUCAAAUAUCACAAUAGGAAUGAAGACAAUGGUUAGUGGGUCGAUAUGGGAGUUAAAGUGGACUUGGAAGCCUCCUGCAGUGAAUUGUACAUUAGUCUAUCCUUCUAUCAUAAUGGAUGGAUCUGGAGGAAAUUGGCCUAUGUGUUCCAGGAGUUCAUAUGUAACGAUCCCUCUGUACCAAUUUGUGGAUCUGAACAAUUUUUCACUUGAUUUUAAAGCCUGUUGUGAACCUCUACCCCGUUGUGCUGUUUUGAAAGAUGGAUCUAAUUCCCUGUGCAAUGACAUGGAAUCAAAAGGGAUCAGACUUCAUACACCAUUGGCAGCAGGUGAAGGAAACACCUCGGUGAGAAAUUUAAGUUGCGUUUGGUAUUAUUUGGAGCAUGUCCAUUGCACAUGGCAGCCUGCUGAAGUCGUUCCAGCCAAUGUUAACUACAGCUUGCAUUACUGGGCGAAGAGUAAAAACACACAAUACAAUGGUCCAGCAGAGUUGGAGAAAAUAGUAGACACUGGAAAAACUUGUCAUUCGUAUAUCACUAAUGAAGAUGGCAUAAACGUUGGAUGCCAAUUCCAACUGCAAAAAUCUCUUAAAGAUCAGACUGAACUUCUAAUUGUGGUGACAGACAAGACAAAGAACAUAAAGCCCUUCACUUUGUUUAAACGCGUCAAUUCUAUUGUAAAACCAAGACCUCCAACAAUAUAUAAUGUGACCAGGACUCCAAAUCAACAUUUGUAUAUAAGUUGGAAUACAUCACAUGUGAAUGAAAGCCUAGUAUAUGAGGUGGUCUAUAGAAGGUCAACUAAUGAAAAUGAAGAAUAUAUAAGGAACAUAAAAGAAUUAAACACUGAAAUACUCAAUGUUCUCUCUGACGAUUAUGCUGUGAAAGUACGAGCAAGAACUGGCGGCAAUGGAUUUUGGAGUGACUGGAGCAAGGAAGAGAUUAUUACAGAUACAGACCACAACAGAACUAUAACCAUAAUUGCUUUAGUUGUCCUUCCCAUUAUAAUAGUUAUACCUGCAGUUAUUUUGGCUAUCUACAUAAGAAGGAUCAAGAUAUUGCUAUUUCCUCAGAUUCCAAGCCCUGGCAAAAUGUUUCAAGAAGAUUUUCAGGAAUGGAUAAAGAAUGGCAGCAUGAACCACUUCAAUAAACCCCAAAAAGAAGAGGUCUGCCCGUUGUCUGUCCUUGAAAUGGCACUUACACCUAUGGAAGCUGAUUAAGUCUAUCAAACACUUAGUCAAAUCAUGAUCAUUUGUAUGAAGAACGUGAACAAGUUCUUCAGGGACCCAUCCUUUCUAGGAAAGGUCUUAUAUUGCAAGUUGGAACUGAUCUUAUUUCAUCAGAUAACUGCUGAACAACCAGUCAGAAGUGGUUGAACCUUAUGAAUAGUACCCCUAUUUACAAGAGAAAAUAAAGUUCCUAAAGAAAACAAUGGAUCUUCGGUGGAACAAUCUGAAAAUACAAUUUUCAAAAUAUGUAUGUUGAAAACACUGUAGUGUUGCUUCUGUUGGUUUAAUGAACAGAAUUCAAAAAAAGAAUCUGUGAACCAGGGAUGUAGCCGUUCCUCCAGAAGCCAUGGACCAAGUUUUGGCUUGCUUCUGCUUACACACCUGUUGCUUUAGCCAGGUUCCCUCAUUAGCAAGGGAGGUAAAAUAUGUAAAUAAGUAGUGAUAUGUACAGUGUAGAACAGCCAAUCUCAACCAGGGUUCCUUCAGAGGUUGUAGGGGUUUCUUGAGAUGUGGCUGAUUGACCUCCCAUCUGAUGGUGUUUGUGUAAUUCUGGGCCCAAUGUCACUUAGCGGAGCCAGCGGUAUGGUUCCAAUAUUCUUUUUAGGUGUCUGAGUGUGGCCACCACUGUAGGGGAGGCAUUUUUUUCCAGUGACCACCAAUGUAAGGGGCAUUCUUCCAAAUAAACACAAAAUAACUUAUUUUAGCAUGACCUCACAAUUAUUUCAAAGGAUUCCUCUGGGGUUAGAAGGUGGAGAAAUGCUGAUCUGGAACAUUAGCGCUUGGCUAUGUUUUGCCAUUUUUCUGCGAUCCUUAAUUUUUGUUCACUAACGAUCUGAAUUCCCACGUUUGAAGUGUAUUAUAUCGUGCAUAAUGCAUUGCAUACAGUAUAUGUAAAGUGUAUGUGUGAGCGUUACGUUUUACAAAGAUAGUCUUAAUGCUGUAAUGUUACUGCACUGAGCCUUGUAUAUACUUUCUGUUAUUGAGCCUUCUAUUUCCAAAGCAACACUUCAAAAAGCUCAUUGGGUUUAUUAGGCUAAGAGCAAUGUGCAAAUGCAGUACCUAAUAGCACCCAGUCCCCAUUCUUCCAGUGGUCUGACUUCUAUGAAUUGGUGAAUUCAUUGAGUUCUGAUUGGGUGCUAUGGCUUUUCCAUAAUUUGCUCAUCUCCAUUGCUUUUUGCCUUGCCCCGUUAAAGGCAAACUCCAGUCAUUACAGCUGAAGCACAUGAGCAUUAACCCUAAGGCCGCAUACACACGAUCAGUCCAUCCGAUGAGAACGGUCCGAAGGACCAUUUUCAUCGGUUAACCGA